AUGCGCGACCCCGAGACGCACCAUGCGCGACGGCGUGUCUGGAGCCAUGCGUUUAGCGACAAGCUGAUCCGCGGCUAUGAGCAGCGCGUUCGAGGGUACCGCAAGCAACUGGUCGAUCAGUUCACAGAGAUGGAGGGCCAGCCGGUCAAUGUGAGAAAGUGGUUUAACUUGUAUUCGUUCGAUGUCAUGGGGGAUCUCUCGUUCGGCCAGGGAUUCGGAAGCAUUGAGCGGAAAGAGUACCAUUGGGCGAUUCGGCUACUGAACGCGACCACUGACUUUGUCGGGCUAUUCCUUCCUGCGUGGGCGUCUCUGCUGCUUACGAGAAUCCCGGGUGCAGUAGGAGACUUCGAAAAGUUCCUGGGAUUCUGCGGGCAAAGGCUGAUGGACAGAUUGAAGAAUGACCCUGAGAUUCCAGAUAUCAGUUCAUCAUUAUUCGUGCCUUUGAAGGGGAGGGGCAUCACUGAGAUCACUCCUGAGGAAGAAAACAUACUGUACGGCGAUGCUCGUCUAAUUGUCAUUGCUGGAAGUGACACCACAUCCGGGGCACUGUCGACGAUCUUCUACGAGCUUGUCCGUAACCCAGAGGAGAUUGAGAAACUGCGCGCCGAGCUGGCUCCAUACGUGGAUAAAGACCAGCCAGACGGCGAGAUUCUUCACUCCAAGAUCGCCCAUCUGGACCACCUAAAUGGCGUUAUCAAUGAAGCCCUGAGAUUGUAUCCAGCAGUUCCUUCAGCAUUGGGGCGCCUGACACCCCCAGAAGGGAUUGUUAUUGAUGGAGUCCAUAUUCCUGGGGGAAUGCAUAUACUCUGCCCUAUGUAUGCGUUAGCACGAUCGGAACUGGCGUAUGAGAGGCCACACGACUUUAUCCCCGAGCGUUGGUAUAAGUCACCCGAGUUGGUCAAGGACAAGACAGCUUUUGCGCCAUUUAGUCUUGGCUCCUUCAACUGUAUUGGCAGACCGCUAGCCCUGAUGAACCUGCGCACGACUAUAGCACGACUUGUUACGGAAUUCGAUAUAAAAAUGGCCCCAGGCGAGGACGGGUCUCGCUUCCUGGGAAAUGCAAAGGACAAUUUCGUCUUCUACUUUGGUGACCUGGAUCUGGUGUUUACCCGCAGGUAA